AUGUCAAGACGCAGUAGCCGUUUACAAGCUAAGCAGCAGCCCCAGCCCAGUCAGACAGAUUCUCCACAAGAAACCCAAUUAAUUCAGGCCAAGAAGAGAAAAACAGCCCAGGAUGUCAAUAAAAGGAAAGAAGAGAUCACCAAGAAACAUCAGUAUGAAAUUAGGAAUUGCUGGCCACCUGUAUUAUCUGGGGGAAUCAGUCCUUGCAUUAUCAUUGAAACACCACACAAAGAAAUAGGAACAAGUGACUUCUCCAGAUUUACAAAUUACAGAUUUAAAAAUCUUUUCAUUAAUCCUUCACCUUUGCCUGAUUUAAGCUGGGGGUGUUCAAAGGAUGUUUGGCUAAACAUGUUAAAAAAAGAGACAAGAUAUAUUCAUGACAAACAUUUUGAAGUUCUUCAUUCUGAUCUGGAACCACAGAUGAGGUCAAUACUUCUAGACUGGCUUUUAGAGGUAUGUGAAGUAUAUACACUUCAUAGGGAAACAUUUUAUCUAGCGCAAGACUUUUUUGAUAGAUUUAUGUUGACACAAAAGGAUAUAAAUAAAAACAUGCUUCAACUCAUUGGAAUUACCUCUUUAUUCAUUGCUUCCAAACUUGAGGAAAUCUAUGCUCCUAAGCUUCAAGAGUUUGCUUAUGUUACUGAUGGUGCUUGCAGUGAAGAGGACAUCUUAAGGAUGGAACUCAUGAUAUUAAAGGCUUUAAAAUGGGAACUUUGCCCUGUAACAAUCAUCUCCUGGCUAAAUCUCUUCCUCCAAGUUGAUGCUCUUAAAGAUGCUCCUAAAGUUCUCCUACCUCAGUAUUCUCAGGAAAAGUUCAUUCAAAUAGCUCAGCUUCUAGAUUUAUGUAUUUUAGCCAUCGAUUCAUUAGAGUUCCAGUACAGAAUACUAGCUGCUGCUGCCUUGUGCCAUUUUACUUCUGUUGAAGUGGUUAAGAAAGCCUCAGGUUUAGAGUGGGACAACAUUUCAGAAUGUGUAGAAUGGAUGGAUCCUUUUGUACGUGUAGUAAAGAAUACUAGUCCCGUGAAGCUGAAGAUUUUUAAGAAGAUUCCUAUGGAAGACAGACACAAUAUCCAGACACAUACAAAUUAUCUGGCUAUGCUGGAUGAAGUAAAUUAUGUAAAUACCUUCAGACAGGGGGGACAGUUGUCACCAGUGUGCAAUGGAGGCAUUAUGACACCACCGAAGAGCACUGAGAAACCACCAGGAAAGCACUAAAGCUAUCUAAACAACAAACUGGAAUUAACUAAGUAUUGGACAGAAUUUCACUUAAGUACUGAAGCUUUACAGGAAAAUAGUGCUAUGACUGUCCUAGACAAUUCAGAAGUUUCACUACCAUUCAAUUGAUAAUCCAUUUAAAGUUUGCAUUAAGGAAGGUAUUCCUAUGUUAGCUGUUCAAAGAAACAGCAGGACUUGUUUACAAAUAUGACUUCAUUCCCACAGUGAUGGGACAUAAGCCUUAAUUUAUGCCAUAGCAAAAACAAAAACGGGGGAAGGAGAUCCAGUGUUACUAUAUUUAACCUUGAUAAACGACAUUAAGUAUUGGAGGUUUGGACUAAAGUGCUACGUUAAAGGGAACAUUAAAUGGCAUAGUACUUGACUAGUGCAAUUUGGUUCUGGAAAAUGAAAUUGAAACUUGUUUACAAAGAUUUGAUUUUGUAAUAAGGUGACUAAUUUAUCUACAGCUGUUGUAGAAGCUAUUAUAAAACUUGAAUUUUUACAAAGGAUGAACUUUUAAUCUGUCUUUUAACUAGUUUAUCUGCCUUGCCAUAACAUUUUUUACCAGUAAUGCUUUAGAUGAACAUGGUGUUUAAACUGUGCUCUAAACAGUGGGAAUACCAAAGAAAUAAACAAGAUAAAUGCUGUGGCUCCUAUGACAUAAAAAGUUGCUUUAUAAUAAGCCUUUUUUGUAUACCACAAUUUGGGUGUCAAACUUAAGUACCCUUUCAAACUAUUUAUAUGAAAAAGUCACUUUAUUACUCUAAGAUAGCCCUAAGAAUUUUUAAUUUAGUGUGAUUAAGACUUUAUUUAUAUUUUGUAAAAACAGUUAAGGUCCUUUUCAAAUUCCUACAUUAUUAAAGGACAGUGUCAAAGUGAUUAGGCUUAACACUUGACCUAAACUUCUAUUUUCUUAAGGCAGAAGUGUAUUAAAUGUAUACUGAC